UUACUUGGUUUCUUCACAUGUCCUACUCCAAACACCCACCUCUUACUAUAUAACUCCGUGUUUAAUUUAAAGUUGUCACCCCAAAAAAAAAACCCAACGUACGUACUUCACAACAUCUCAUUUUUCAAAAAACAAAAAACAAAAAAAAAACAUUCACCCUCUUAUUGUCUUUCAUGGAUCCCUUCACCAUUUUAUGCUACUCUCUCCCUCCCCUCUACCUCCUCUUCUUCUUCAUAUGGAAGAUCAUAGACCAAAAGAAACACCAAGGCUGCUACAUUCUGGACUACCAAUGCUACAAGCCCGGCGACGACCGGAAGCUGAGCACUAAGUUCAGUGGGGAGGUGAUUAGGAGGAACAAGAACCUGGGGUUGAACGAGUACAAGUUUCUGUUGAAGGCCAUCGUGAGCUCCGGCAUCGGGGAACAAACGUACGCGCCGAGGAUGGUGUUCGACGGCCGGGAGGAGUGUCCGACGUACGAGGACGGGAUCAUGGAGAUGGAGGAGUUUUUCUCCGACAGCAUCGGGCGGUUGCUGGACCGGCAAGGGGUUUCCCCGCAGGAGAUCGACGUUCUGGUCGUUAACGUUUCGAUGCUGGCGUGCUCGCCGUCGCUGUCGGCCCGGAUCGUUAACAAGUACAAGAUGAAGGAGAAUGUUAAGGUGUAUAACCUCACCGGAAUGGGGUGCAGCGCCAGCUUGAUAUCGGUUAACAUCGUACAGAAUAUUCUCAAGACCCAGAGGAAUCUUUUGGCGUUGGUUGUAACCUCGGAGUCGCUCAGCCCCAACUGGUACUCCGGGAACGACAGAUCCAUGAUUCUGUCCAAUUGUCUGUUCCGGAGCGGCGGCUGCGCGAUUUUGCUCACCAACAAACCGGGUUUACGGGAGAAAUCCAUGUUCAAGCUGAAAUGCCUAGUAAGAACCCACCAUGGAGCGAAAGAAGAAUCGUACGGCUGUUGUAUACAGACGGAGGACGAGGAGGGGCGUGUCGGGUUCCACCUGGGGAAGACGCUGCCGAAAGCCGCCACCCGAGCUUUCGUCGACAACCUUAAAGAAAUCGCCCCGAAGAUCCUCCCCAUCAGGGAGCUCCUCCGCUUCGUUAUACUCACAUCCCGCCGGAAACUCGGCGGCGGCGGCGGCAAGCCGCCGCCGCCGCCGGAUUUCAAGACCGGGGUGGACCACUUCUGCCUGCACACCGGCGGGAAGGCGGUGAUCGACGGCAUCGGGCAGAACCUGAACCUGAGCGAGUACGAUCUGGAGCCGGCGAGAAUGACGCUCCACCGGUUCGGCAACACCUCCGCCAGUAGCCUCUGGUACGUUCUGGGGUACAUGGAGGCCAAGAAGCGGCUCAAGAAAGGCGACAAGGUGUUCAUGAUCAGCUUCGGGGCGGGGUUUAAGUGCAACAGUUGCCUGUGGGAGGUGGUUAGGGAUUUGGGAGAAGAAGAAAAUGUGUGGAAAGAUGACAUCCAUAACUACCCUCCCCAAACCCUAACCAACCCUUUCUUGGACAAGUUUGGAUGGCUCCAACAUGAAGAUCCAAACACCUUCAACAUUCCAGAUGACUACGUCAUCCCAUGAUGUUUUUCUUCCGGUAAAAAAUGCACUUUUAGUCCCUCAAUUUUACCCUCUUCUUAGAGAUCUGAACAAAUUUGAUCACUACUCGAAAUUAUCUAAAUUGUUGUUAAUUCAACCCUUCGAUAUAGUACCAACUUUCAAACUCUAUUAGUACACACGUGCCAGAUUUGUUCGGAUUAUCUGGACUACUAGAGUACUAGUGAAGUUUGAGGGUAGUACUAUAUGACAAGGGACUCAAUUCAUAAUACUUUAGACAAUUGAUGAGAGAUCAAAUUUAUUUAAUUAAAUUGAAAGACUAUA